GCGAGAAUAAACACACAAACCGGAUCUAACCCUAUUCGGCCUGUUAACAUGGAGCUGGGAAACCAGCCGGGGCCGGGGAAUCGCCCCGAAAUCGAGCUGGAGUGGUACCAGUAUCUUCAGAAUACAGUGGGUGUGGUCCUGUCAAGCUAUGGAUGGUACAUCUUACUCGGCUGCAUCCUUAUAUAUCUCUUGAUUCAGAAGUUGCCACAGAAUUUCACACGAGCCGGCACAUCGAAUCACAGCACGGUGACAGAUCCUGAUGAGAUUGUCAGAAGACAAGAAGCAGUGACAGCCGCCCGGCUUCGGAUGCAGGAGGAGCUCAAUGCUCAGGCUGAAUUAUACAAACAGAAGCAGGUUCAGUUGCAAGAGGAAAAGCGUCAGCGAAACAUAGAGACCUGGGAUCGUAUGAAAGAAGGCAAGAGUUCCAAGGUGGCCUGCCGUCUUGGCCAGGAACCAUCUCCUAGCACCUCCACAUCAGCUGCCACAAAGCCCAAACAAGAAAAGCAAGAAAGGAAAACAUUGCGUGGCAGCGGGUACAAUCCUCUGACCGGAGAUGGAGGUGGUACAUGUGCCUGGCGACCAGGACGAAGAGGUCCUUCUUCAGGAGGAUGAGGUUAAGCCUCUUGCUGGUAUUUUUCCCCUUGGGAAUAUCAGCAAGGUUAAAAGAAUGCACCACCUGCAGUAAUAGUGUCGAUUCCAAUGGCCCUCAGUCAGCGACCCAUUAGGAACAGAGCUUGGAUGAACGUUUCUGGUCACACUUUCUCUGUGAGUUAUGGAAGAAGUCACUUGAUGAAUGUUAAGGAGCUCUUGAGAAGAAGAAGCUGGAAUACUAUCUGAUCAGAUCAGGCCGGGGAACUGCAAUCUGACACUCUGCAUGAUGUCCUCCUUACAAAUGGCACAAUAGCCAAUGAGGAUGACUGAUGUUGUUAGGUGGUAUGCACUCUGUAUAUGCUCUUUUCUUUGUGUCUGCUGCUUUAAUAGAUGCUUUGCACCACA